AUGUUCUCCAAGAGAUAUAAAAGUUUCUACAUUCCAAGUUCCGGAGGCAACUUCUUGUGCUUUUUGCAAAAACAAUUCGAGGAACUCGAGUUCUGCGACUUGCGUUUUGACGAUAUCGAUCUUCCAAAGUCUUUCUUGCAGGAGUUGGCGGAAGUAAGUACAUGUUCAAGGACAGACCACCCUGUGGAGUCACCCACCGGCGACUUGUUCCUCGUCAAGUGGUACAGUGAGGACGUGGAGAGGGAGGAUGAAAACGACAGCUGGAUGUCAACACUGACGCGGGAAACAAAAAAGUUCAUGGUGUUUAGACAGGAGGAGGCAGAUCCGUGUUGUAUGCAUGAGAAGACUAUGAUCUACACAGAAGAUAUUGGAGAUGUUUGCAUUUUUCUUGGACAUAGUGAGGCUUACUGCGUCCCGGCAAGUUCGUCCCCUGGACUCAGGCCUAACUGCAUCUAUUUUGUUGGCCGUAACUUUGGUGUUUAUGAUCUCACCACCAAAACUUGCACUACCUUCUACACAAACUUGCCCGCCUGUCCUGGCUACGAUAAGCAUCCAUUAAGGAAAACGGAAUUCCCUUACUGGCCUUCUCUAGUUCCUCUCUAG